AUUACAUUAAGGAAAGAGGUUAAUUUUGUCUCUGGAUGCAAUAUGAAAACAAUAACUUUGGUAAAGAUUGGAGCCAUUGGAGGCUUUAUCACAUGUGGUAUGGGUUUCGCUCUGCAGAGAAAAUUGAAUGAUAAUGUUAAAAAUACCACAUUUUAUAAAAGUGCAUUAGAUAUAGUGCGACAUAAUAAAGCUGCCGUUCAUUACCUUGGAGAGCCAAUUAAGGAUAAAUCUAUAGAUACGUUUAAUUCUAAGAAAAAUUAUGUUAAAAAUGGGAUUGGUCAAUUUGAAGUGAGACUCAGAGGUAGCAAACAGAAUGGUAUCCUUCACAUAUUUAUUAAAGAAGAUAGAGUUGAUGGUGUAGAGGCUUGGAAAUUAGAUCAUCUUGAAUUAGCCUUAGACAAAGAUCCAGAUAAAAUUCUUCUAAUCAAAACUUGAUACAUUAAAAAUCGUUCUUAAAUUCUCUUAAUGAAAAGCAAAUGGAUACAGGCAAUGUUAAAGUUUGGAGUCAUUGGCUCAAAUCAAAAGUGAGUCUGAAUGUAUGAUUUAGUGCUGUUAGAUGCUAUGUUAUUUCCCAAAUCUGACAAUAAAUUUUUAAUAAGACAUCAA